AUGGCUUCCAUAUCCAAGCUCUCAAAUCCCACCCCCACUUAUUUAGCACCCUCGUUUGCGUCAAGGUAUUCAGUUCCCAAGUCUUUUGUUGAUUUGCGUUUAAAACUUCUUUCCAAACAGGACUUUCAGCCUCUAGCUUGUCGUAUUAGAUGCUCCCAAAUCGAUGGAAAUGGAACCCAAAUCAAGAGAACUACUCUUCAUGAUCUAUAUGAGAAGCAAGGCCAGAGUCCAUGGUAUGAUAACCUCUGUCGUCCUGUGACAGAUCUGCUACCAUUGAUCGCAAGUGGUGUCAGAGGUGUUACCAGUAACCCAGCGAUCUUCCAGAAAGCAAUAUCAACUUCAAAUGCAUACAAUGAACAAUUCAGAGAACUUGUAGAAGCUGGAAAAGACAUAGAAAGUGCAUACUGGGAACUUGUGGUGAAGGACAUCCAAGAUGCAUGCAAAUUUUUUGAGCCAAUCUAUGAUCAAAUGGAUGGUGGUGAUGGCUAUGUUUCUGUUGAAGUUUCACCCAGACUCGCUGAUGAUACUGAUGGGACAGUAGCGGCUGCAAAAUGGCUUCAUAAAAAGGUUGAUCGUCCCAACGUGUACAUAAAAAUUCCUGCUACAGCUGCAUGCAUUCCUUCAAUCAAGGAAGUCAUCUCACAUGGCAUAAGCGUCAAUGUAACUCUUAUAUUCUCUCUUGCAAGAUAUGAAGCCGUCAUUGAUGCUUACUUGGAUGGCCUUGAGGCUUCUGGGCUAAGUGACCUCUCCAGAGUUACUAGUGUUGCCUCCUUCUUCGUUAGUCGAGUAGACACACUUGUUGACAAGAUGCUUGAAAAGAUUGGUACUCCAGAGGCUCUUGAUCUCCGGGGAAAGGCUGCAAAUGCUCAAGCAGCUCUCGCUUACCAGCUUUACCAGAAAAAAUUCUCUGGUCCAAGAUGGGAGGGUCUGGUGAAGAAAGGUGCUAAGAAGCAGAGGCUGCUGUGGGCCUCUACCAGUGUCAAGAAUCCAGCCUACCCUGAUACUCUAUAUGUGACUCCUCUAGUUGGACCUGGCACGGUUUCAACCAUGCCUGAUCAAGCUCUCCAAGCAUUUAUUGACCAUGGUACAGUUGCAAGGACAAUAGAUUUGAAUGUAUCUGAAGCAGAAGGCAUUUAUAAUGCCCUAGAGAAGUUGGGGAUUGACUGGAGCCAUGUUGGCUCCCAGCUUGAACUUGAAGGAGUGGAUGCUUUCAAAAAGAGUUUUGACAGCCUGCUCAAUAGUCUUCAGGAGAAGGCAAACUCUCUUAAACUAGUCAGCCUAUAA